AUGCUUCCGCCUGUCAACUUUGGCAGAUCUCUGCGCAAGCGUGCUGAAGUCACCAAUUACUAUGGCGGUCAAGAUGAAUUGCAGGAGGAUGAUGAGGAUUCAUUCAUUGUCACCUCUGAUAUUGUGCGACCCGGCCGAAAGAAGUUGAAGCGCUUGUCUUCGAGGCUUUCUGCCAGGACCAUACAGAAGACCACGUCUGUCUCUGCCUCUGCGGGUGACUCUGACAUAGAAUUUGAGAGCAGCCGCCGCCGUUCAUCCCGUGCCAACAAGAACACCAGAAAGAUGGUCGACAAGUACGCCGAGGACGAGGAUGACGAGGAUGAUGAAGCCUUCUACAUCUCGGACAACAAACCUGCUGCUGCCCCCAAAGUCGCCAGCGUGAAGGAGAUCUUUCAGGGCAACAUUCCCACCGACUUCAAGGAAGCUCACAGGUUGACCUGCGACAGUUGUGGCUAUCCUGAUGACCGCAACAAGGGAACCUUUGUCUUUUGUCAAGGCUGCUCCAAUGUCUAUCACAAAGUCUGUCUGGGCAACCGCAGCAGCCGUGAGCAGUGUGUGACCAAGGUUGGGCCAGAUUCCUUCGUCAUGCAGUGCCGCUUUUGCAUCGAUGUUUACAAGAAGCGAGACCCGCGGGCACCAAGCCACGGCACAUGCCAAACUUGCCAUGUCAGAGGCCCAUCAUGCAUCCCUUUCUCCGAAAAGAAAACACCCAAGCAAGAGGAGAAGUUGCGCAUCGAUAAUGGCGGUGUUGAUCCCAUCACGGAGGUCAAUCCCAAGCUUAUCAACAACCACAACAACGUCCUCUUUCGCUGUGCCAGGUGCCAUCGAGGCUGGCACUAUGAACAUCUCCCCCAUCCCAACCCGACUCGAGACCCGUCUUGGUCAGAGCCUCUCAAUCUACGCAAGCUCAGGUUGGAAGAGUACCAGAUCGAUUGGAUGUGCAAGGACUGUCGCGACACAGAUGGGCUCAAGCCUGACAAGAUUGUGGCCUGGCGCCCAGCUGAUCGCAAGAGCUACAUCGAAGGUCAGACUAUCGCAGACUUCGACGAGGAUCAAAUCGAGUACCUGAUCAAGUGGGAGCGCCAGUCUUACAACCAUUGCCAGUGGUUCCCUGGCGCCUGGGUCUAUGGUAUCGUCAAACACAACAUGCGUGUCUCCUUCCUCAAGAGGACAUUUGGAGAGGGGCUUGAGGGAGGUCCUGACAGCGAGAUCAAGGCAGAUUCUCUGCUCAGAUGGACCGAAAAGGAGGCCAUCUACAAUGUCUGGGUCACACCUGAUAUCAUUCUCGAUGUCCACGUCGCUCCGCGAACCGUCGAGGCUGAAGCAAAGUACAAGGCUCGGUCUCGCGAGGACAAGUUCCAGGAGGACUUGAGUCGGAUCUUCCACGUGGUCAAAAUCCUUGUGAAGUUUGAGGGCCUUGGGUACGAGGAUGUUGUUUGGGACACCCCUCCGGACUCGUCAGACGGUGCUCUCUGGGAGGCGUAUCAAGAGGCGUACCGGGAGUACCUCAAUGGCAAGCACUUCAAACCAGAGUCCAACCGUGUCAUGCGAGAGCGCCUCCAAGAAUUCCGCCAACUCGAUUUCGUCAAAGAUAUCGAACUCAAGAAGCAGCCCGAGGGCCUCAAGCGCGGCCAGCUUAUGGAAUAUCAGAUCAAUGGCGUCAACUGGAUGCUUCACAACUUCCGUCAUGACAGGAGUGUCAUUCUUGCCGAUGAGAUGGGUCUGGGCAAGACAGUUCAAAUCGUGGCACUGCUCUACACUCUCAUCAUGACCAAGCCUCGCAUCUGGCCGUUUCUUGUUGUGGUGCCAAAUGCGACCUGCGCCAACUGGCGACGUGAGAUCAAGAAAUGGGCUCCUGACCUUCGAGUUGUUGCAUACUAUGGCGGACGAGUGUCUCAACAGGCCGCAAAGGAGUACGAGCUGUUUCCAGGCAAUACUCGCGACAUGAAGGCACACGUUGUCAUCAUGUCCUACGACUCGGUCAAGGACAGUGAAACGCGAUCCCGGUUCAGCAGUGUGAAGUGGGCUGGUCUAAUUGUCGACGAAGCUCAGGCUCUCAAGAAUGACGAGAAUUCGCUGUACAAGGCCUUGAACAUGCUCAAUAUCCCGUUCAAGGUUCUUCUGACAGGAACGCCAUUGCAAAACAACAAGAGGGAGUUAUUCAACCUCCUUCAGUUCAUCGACCCCAGUAUGAAGGCCGAGCAGCUUGACCAAGAGUACGACCAGAUCACCUCGGAAAACCUCAGGCAUCUUCAUGAUCUGAUCCGGCCGUAUUUCUUGCGCCGCACAAAGGCCGAGGUGCUCACCUUCCUGCCGACGAUGGCUCAGAUCAUUGUCCCUGUUUCGAUGUCGGUCUUGCAAGAGAGGCUCUGCAAGUCGAUCAUGGAGAAGAACCCUCAGCUCAUCCGAUCCAUCUUUGCUCAGGGAAAACUGAAGGCCAACGAGCGUGGGUCGCUGAGCAACAUCCUCAUGCAACUGCGCAAGUGUCUCUGCCAUCCUUUCAUCUACAGCCAGGCCAUCGAAGAUCGCAACCUGUCUCCCGAGCUCACUCGCCGGAACUUGAUUGAGGCCUCUUCCAAGCUGAUGCUCUUGGAGAUUAUGCUGCCCAAGUUGAAAGAGCGCGGCCACCGCGUCCUCAUCUUCAGUCAGUUCCUUGACCAGCUGACGGUCCUCGAGGACUUUUUGAUGAGUUUGAACCUCAGACACGAGCGUUUGGACGGCAGUCAGUCUAGUUUGGAGAAGCAGAAGAAGAUCGACGCAUACAACGCUCCAGAUUCAGACAUCUUCUGCAUGUUGUUGUCGACGCGCGCUGGUGGUGUUGGUAUCAACUUGGCGACGGCCGACACCGUCAUCAUCCUCGACCCCGACUGGAACCCUCACCAAGAUAUCCAGGCUCUUUCACGCGCCCAUCGUAUCGGACAGCGCAAGAAGGUCUUGUGCUUCCAGCUCGUCACUGUUGACUCGGCCGAGGAGAAGAUUCUUCAGAUCGGUCGCAAGAAAAUGGCGCUCGAUCAUCUGCUCAUCGAGACCAUGGACAAUCAGGACGACGCCCCCAAUGACGUCGAGUCGGUCUUGAAGCACGGCGCUGAAGCUCUCUUUGGCGAUAAGAAGAAGGAUGCCAUCAAAUACGAUUCGGCUGCUGUUGACAAGCUUUUAGAUCGAUCCAUGCAGGAGGAAACCAAGACCGACGAUAAGAAAUCGGCCGAGUCUGCUUUUGCCUACGCCCGAGUGUGGGCCAACGAUGGUCUUGCUGACGAGAUGAAGGAGACCGAACAGCAGGAGAUGUCGCUCAGUGUCUGGGACCAAAUUCUCAAGCAGCGUGAAGAGGAGGCUCGUCGUGAGGCCGAGAAAGCUAGGGAAACUCUCGGCCGCGGUGGACGCCGUCGUGGGGUGAGUAGUUAUGCUUCCAGUCCCUGGAAGCCCAGAAUACUAACGAACAACAGAAUGCCAACUACGCAGGUCCCCAGUUCGAGUUUGACGAGGGAGAGAAGCCAGACAGUGAUCAAGGCGAAGGUGAUCAUGACUUCAUCGCUAAAAGCGAUGGUGGUGAUACAAGCGACGAGGAAGUCGGCACUCCAGCCACUGGGCUAUCAGCACACUUGCGCAAGUCAGUCACGCCCAGCAAGAGGAAGACCCUGCAAAAGACCACUCAAACACGCAGUAUUACUCGAACCACAAGCUCACGCAAGACAACUUCUCAGACAACGAAAGCGGCCAGGCCCAGACCCAAAGCAACGCCCAAGCCCAAGGGAAAGCAGCAGCAGCAGGAGCAGCAGCUUCCCUCGCCCCCCAAAACGGCCACGCCAAAGGCGCCGUCAAUGGUGA